AUGACCUUCGAGGAGGUGGCUGUGUAUUUCACCAAGGGGGAAUGGGCGCUGUUGGACCUGGGUCAGAGAGCCCUGUACAGGGAUGUCAUGCAGGAGAAUUACAGGAAUGUGACCUCACUGGGUUUUCCAAUUCCCAAGCCCAGCGUGAUCUCCCAGCUGGACCAAGAGGAAGAGCCGUGGGUCCCUGAUCUCCAGGGGUCCCAGGCUAGAGAGAUCCAGAGAAACAUCCCCAGAGAGGGCUGGUCACCUUCUCCCCAUGCUGACUGGUAUAUAAGGGCCUCCCGGAAGCACCUGGCAUGUCCCUGA